UACACGAAAUUCAUGUCGUACAGAGAGCCUCUUCAACGAGUCAUUUCCGACUACAGACAGAUUAGAUCUCGUAAAACUACAGGUCAAGGAAAUGUUUGCAAAUUGGUUGUAAAGUACAAUGACCGUCUCAAUGGAGUCAAAAGUAAACCGGAUGCUUGGAAAGACAUCAGCUUUCCUCAUUUUGUCAAUUAUAUCACUCGUUUCUAUGGCAACAAAGAAAAGUAUCUAGAUCUUAACAUUCACUGGAGACCAAUCAACUUGGUUUGCCAUCCUUGUCACAUUGAUUAUGAUUUCCUCGUUGACAUGGAUAGUACUGGUCUUGCUGAGGAAUCAGAUUAUCUCCUCAGAUCUGUUGGAGCUCCCUCUUGGCUGCAUCUGCCGCACGACAAUCGAUCGGGUAACGAAACAAAGUACAGCUUUUUCUCUCAGCUUUCGAUCGCUCAGUUUCAACGUCUUCGUGAUCAAUACGACGACGACUACGAGAUAUUUGGAUAUCAACGUCUCAAUCAACAUGAAUAAAGUCUGUGAUACUAGCUGAUUAUUGGUGCCAAGAUACUGAUUGUGAUACAAUUUUUAGUUUAUAGCUUUCAUGUUAGUCGUCUAUUCAG